UUUACAGUAUUGUAGCUUCUUGGCUGUAGUCUUAUCUGUAAUACUACCAACUAAAAAAAGCAUUCUUUCAAUAAACGUGUAAACAUGCAACAGAAAUGACUAAAAAAAUAAUAGGUGCCAUUUAUGUUUCCCUUAACCAUUUUGACUUGCUUAUCAGAUCCUAUUUUGAAACGGUUCCCUCACAUCUUGGAAGGUGUAGUGGUUUGUACUGUUGCCUCACAAAAAGUAGGUACUGUUCUGUGUAGGUUUUUCUAUCCACAGUCCAGAUAUGCAGUUCAUUGGAGAUUACUAUAGGACGGUGAGGUUAGUGUCCUGACAGCUGGGAUGACACUACACACGACUACACAGUAGAAAGUGUUUAAUUGUUUCUAGGAUCACAUUUUUGAAGACCGGCAGCUUUUUAUUCCUUCCCUUUGAAUCAUAUAGACUAAAUCUGGACAUGUAAAGCCAUCUUGUGAAGCAAUCUUUUCUCUUCCCUGCCUUUUCCAUUCCAGUCGGUAGGUGGCGGCACGUGCACCAUAUGAAGUGAAGCCAACCGCCAUUAAGCCCAUGGAAGAAAAGAAGAAGAAGCAACCGCCAAAAAAUCCAAACAAAAGAAGGAGCUAGUGUCGCGAAUACUUGGCGAAGGCCACGGGCCGUUUAGUUCCCCACACGUUGUUGCACGGCUUUUACGUCGUUUUUCUAAUAACAUUAUCCCGAUUUUAUGCCGAGAAUUCUGUUGGGCGGCAGCGUAGCGGUACUAAAGCAACAGCCUAGUUUCGGAGUCACCUCUGUGUAACAACUUUUAUUAUCGCCCGUGAGAUGGAACACUCUGCUUGUUUGAAAAUGAAAGUGGAGACGCUGAGGGGCUUGUUAAACGACCGUCUGACGGCGGUGGUGGAAGAGAUCUGCGGCCUGUUUCUAAUUACGAUAGCGGAGUUGGAGGAAACCCGCCCCCGUUCCAACGUGGCAUGGCCGCAACAGGAGCGACCGCAGGUCCCGUCGCCUGCUUUAAGUGACGGAGGACGGUUGCGCCACGGAGACAUCCAACAGGCAACAACUACAAACCAAUCUUUUUCUAAGCAGCAAGAGCAAAGAUCCAUUCGGAAAGACAAAACCCCAAGACCUCCACACUGUAACGAGGACCAGGAGACACGUGGCACCCUGAGUGGAUAUGUGAAGGGGGCUGAAGAAAACAUCAAUUCAGAGUGUCCAAGCAGCAGCAGCAGCUCAGCUCAACAGAUGGAGGUUGAUGGAGAAAACUGUGAUACAGCAGCUUUGGGGUCAGGUAGUGGGAAGACCUCAAACUCUUCUGAGUAUGAUACUGAAGACAGUGAUGAUGAUAUUUGGAAUAGAACACCUGCAUAUCAGUCCAGUUUAAAAAACGAUCUUGGAUCAGAACCAAACAAGUUGGAUUUAAAAGCAGUUACAGAUCUAGAGCCAGACUCAUCUGAACCAGAGACAGAAGAUAGUGACGAUGAAGAUCGGCAUUGCAGCGGGAAACGUCCGUCAGGUCUAACAACUGUAGAACCUGCAGAGGUUCCUGAAAGUCCUUCCAAGUCCUCUUGUCAAACAUCGUUGAGUUUGUCUAUUCAUAGUGAGAGUGAUCAACUCAAGCAGCAGGUAGGGAAUAAAACACGCUCGCAGAAGGCACCUUUAACUCAAUCAAAAUUAUGUUUGGCUGCAAACUUGAGCGAACCCUCUAGCGCCCAAACAAAGUUAAACAGCCCAGCAUCUAGGAAAAGUAAUCGCAGCACAUCUCUAAAGAAAGACAGGACAAAAAAGCUGGAAGAAAAACUCUUUCGGUGUUCUGUUUGUGGUCAGACAUUCGAAAAGAACGCGUAUUUUCUCUUACAUAUGAAAGCACAUAAAGCAGAACGACGGCGCAAGACAGCUCAUUCUGGAGGCAGCAGUUAGUAGCUCAGGUGCAGUCAAAGCUAAUCGCAAAUAAAUAUAACAUCUGAAAUAGUGUAGGUAAUAGUUAAUAACAGUUAUUAACCAUACGAUCUGGACACAGUUAUGGGAUCCAUUUGUUUGUUUUUUGUCCCACUAAAUAUUUUUUUAAUUCUAAUUUUUAAUUCUAAUAAAAUUCCUCUUGUAUCUUAGAGCAGCAUCCACUGCAUACACUACAUACUAAUGAAACAACUUUUAGUAAAACACCACAUUGUUGUGUUUUUUUAGUCUCUUAAAGUGUGUAUGAUGAAUUUCAGUAUUUUGAUAUAGGGUCUUAACAUGUUUAAAAGUCUGACCUACUGUUUAAACAUGUUUUUAUUCACAAUAGGUUUGUAACACGAAUGAAAAAUGCAAAUAAACAAGAUUUGGUAAAUAAUUUCAA